AUGCUACUCUUUAUUUUAUUUCUGUCUUCCUCAUUUCUUUCUUUUUUCUUUCUUUUUUCUUUUUCAUUUAUUAUGAAUUAUUUUCUUUCUUUUUUUCCUACUCCGAUCGUAUUCUCAUUUCUUUUCUUUCUUUCUUUCUUUCUUUUUCUUUCUUCACUCUCACUUUCUUUUUCUUUCUUUCUUUCUUUCUUUUUUCUUCACACUCAUUUUCUUUUUCUUUCUUUCUGUCUUUCUUUCUUCACUCUCACUUUCUUUUUUUUUUUUCUUUCUUUCUUUCUUUCUUUCUUUCUUUUUUCUCACUUUCUUUUUCUUUCAUUCUUUUUUCACUCUCGUUUUCUUUCAUUCUUUCUUAACUCUUUCUUUCUUUACUCUAAUUUUCUUUUUCUUUCUUUCUUCACUCUCACUUUCUUUUUCUUUCUUUCUUUAUUUCUUCACUGUCACUUUCUUUUACUUUCUUUCUUUUUUCUUUCAUACUUUCUUUCUUCACUCUCGCUUUCUUUCUUUCUUUCUCUCUUUCUUUCUUCACUCUCACUUUCUCUUCUUUCUUUCUUUCCUUGUUUCUUUCUUCGCUCUCGUUUUCAUUCUUUCUUCACACUCGCUUUCUUUCUUUCUUCCUUCCUUUUUUCACUGUCGCUUUCGGUUUUUCUUUGUCCACUCUUUCUCUUUUCUUUCUUUCUUCACCCUCGCUUUCUUUCUUUCUUUCUUUCUUUCUUUCUUUCUUUCUUUCUGUUUCUCUUUCUGUUUUUUGUUCGAUUUCUUUUCUUUCCACCUUUCUUUAUUAUUGUAUUCUAUGUUUCUCUUUCAUUCAUUCUUCUUUUUCUUUUCUUUUUUCCUUCUUUUCUUUAUCUCUCCCUCCUCCUCCUCCUCCUCCUCCUCCUCCUCCUUCUCCUCCAUAUCUCUCCAUCUAUUUCCGAUUUUUUACCAGAAUUUAAACAGAAAAAGAUUACAAACGUUACACAUCAUUCAUGUCUCUUUCUAUACCCUCUUUUUAUCUAUCUAUCUAUCUAUCUAUCUAUCUAUCUAUCUAUCUAUCUAUUUUGA